AUGAGGCUGUCCUGGAAGGAGCGGGUCUCCAUGGCCCUGCUGGGGGCUGCAGCGGCUUCGGGCCUCACAGCGCUGGUUCUCAUCCUGGUGGAGGCCACCACUGUCCUCCUGCCCGCAGACACCAAGUUCGGGAUCGUGUUUGAUGCUGGCUCCUCCCACACGUCACUCUUCGUCUAUCAGUGGCCUGCGGACAAGCAGAACGACACGGGCGUGGUCAGCCAGGCCCUGGUCUGCCAGGUGGAAGGGCCUGGAAUCUCUUCCUACGCCUCGGAUCCUGCUCGGGCUGGCGAGAGCCUGCAGGCCUGCCUGGAGGAGGCGCUGGCCCUGAUCCCAGAGGCCCAGCACCGGGAAACGCCCGCGUUCCUGGGUGCCACAGCGGGCAUGAGGCUGCUCAGCCAGAAGAACAGCUCUCAGGCAGGGGACAUCUUUGCAGCAGUCAGCCAGGUCCUGGGCCAGUCUCCGGUGGAUUUCCAGGGUGCUGAGCUCCUGACGGGGCGGGAUGAAGGUGCCUUUGGUUGGAUCACUGUCAACUACGUCCUGGGAAUGCUGGUCAAGUACUCCUUCUCUGGAGGAUGGAUCCAGACGCCGCAGCAGACGCUGGUGGGCGCCCUGGACAUGGGGGGGGCCUCCACCCAGAUCACCUUCGUGCCCGCGGGCCCCAUCCGGGACGAGAGCACCCAGGCCACCUUCCGCCUCUACGGCUUCAACUACAGCGUCUACACUCACAGCUACCUCUGCUUUGGGCGUGACCAGAUGCUGAGCAGGCUCCUGGCCCGGCUGGUGCAGAGCAGCCCAGCCGCCCUGGUCCGCCACCCAUGCUACCACAGUGGCUACCAGGCCACGCUGUCUCUGGCCUCCCUGUACGAGUCACCCUGUGUCCACACCACGGCCCCCCUGAACUUCACCCAGAACCUCACAGUUGAAGGGACAGGCAACCCUGCGGCCUGCAUCACAGCCAUCUGGGAGCUCUUCAACUUCUCCAGCUGCACAGGCCGAGGAGACUGUGCCUUUGACGGGGUCUAUCAGCCCCCCCUGCAGGGCCCAUUCUACGCCUUCUCCAACUUCUACUACACCUUCCACUUCCUGAACCUCACCGCCGGGCAGCCACUGGGCACCGUCAAUGCCACCGUCUGGGAGUUCUGCCAGAGGCCCUGGAGGCUGGUGGAGGCCAGCUACCCCAGGGAGCACCGCUGGCUGCGUGACUACUGUGCCUCGGGCCUGUACAUCCUCACGCUCCUGCUCGAGGGCUACGGGUUCACCGAGGACACCUGGCCCAGCAUCGAGUUCCGGCAGCAGGUUGGUGGCACCGACAUUGGCUGGACACUGGGCUACAUGCUGAAUCUGACUGGCAUGAUCCCGGCUGAGGAGCCAGCCCAGUGGCGGGCAGAGAGCUAUGGCACCUGGGUGGCCAGAGUCGUGUUUGUGGUGCUGACCCUCUUGGCCAUUCUCGGGACUGCCACGGUCUGGAUCCUCGGGCCCCAGGGCUAGGCAGGGACCCAGCCCCCAUAGCCCAGCGGGGUUGCUCUGUCCCACAUGCCACAGCAAUCCUGAGCCCCUGAGCCCUGCAGAGCCCUGUUCUGUGGGCUCUGGCUGCACAGUCAGAACCACCUCCUGGAUGCCCCUGGCCCUGCUCUGCUGUUAGGGUCGCAUGAGUCACGGAGACAGUGCAUGGCUCACCACUGUGGCCUCCCCAUCCCAGUGCCCCUGGGCCUCCCUCCACUGCACCUCCUGGGCAGCAGGUGCCUUUCUGCACAAACACCAGCCACCAGGACCCAGCAGGAUUCCAAGGCUGUGUGAUCACAGAGGCUGGUGUGGAGCCUGGGCACAGGGUGUGACUGCUGUGUAAGAAGAGGCGUGGCCCCAGGAGGGGCUGGCAGUGGAGACUGGGGUCCCCAGGAGCCGGCCGAGCCUCAAGAGGAGGCCCAGAGGAAAGGUGGGGGGCCGCCCAGCCUAGACCCCCAGCCCUCCCCACUGUUACCUGACUGGAGGGGCAGAGGCCAGGGACUGUGACUUACCCUGGGCCAGCCCCCACCUCUCGCCCUGUCUUGGAAGCCCACCUGGCCCCUCUCAGUCGGCAAGCCCAGAAUACGGACCACACCGUGGCGGGGUAUUGUUUUUAUUAAAACCUUUUUGCACAGGA